GCUGGUGGAUAGUGGGUAAUUACUGGCUUUUUGGAAGGCGAUCGUUUUAGCAUUUCAACGCUGAUGGCGUCCCAGUCUUGCGCGAACGUCAUGUGAGCAUCUAUUUGCAUGUACCAUUGUUCUCCGAACCAUAGUUUGCUCCCAAAGAAACGGGCUGCGUAUGGACCCAGAGAUUCCGAUUCGUCGAUGUUCAAAACCCUCACCUGCCCAUUGUCGCAUCGUUCCUUCCMUUCUCCGUCACAAAAGCUCUUGUAGCAGUCCAAAUCUGGGCCUACAGAGUUUGUCUCCCCCCCCUCUAGUACCCCACUUAUACAAUUUUUGUGGCAAUUCUGUUGAACCAAUCCAACGAACAGCUUUUCUGGAUUUUUUGCCUUUUCGUACGCCCACUUUAAUGUAUUAGCACAAUUCGCGUCACGGUAUGUCGCUAUAGACAAAAAUAUACUCUCGUCGUCUCGACGCGGAGGCAUCCUAGAAAGGUACUUCCUGUCCCAAAUGUACAACGUCUUGACGGCGUAGUCGUGAUAAGCAUCCCAAAUUACCGGAAAAUCUUCUUUUCGCACCUGCCACAUUACCCGAUGGAGGCCAUGGAUCCAUUGAUCGAGAUAGCCUAUGAUUUCGUCUAAUUUCAUAGGAGGCUCAUUGCUCGCAAUAUUUUCAAUGGCCUGCAGGCCGAUCCCCGCGCCAAGCAGUAUUUCUUCGACCGUUUCCUUUCCUUUCGUAAUGUCUGAUAGCCGUUCCCCUACGAUUUGGUGCUURUCUCGCAAUAUCCUUAAUCUACCUGGCAACUUACUGGACGAAGCCGACAAUGAAUGGAGAGCCUUAGCAAGUUGUUCCCUCUUGUGCUGCACCGUGGACUUGAGUCCUUCUUCGACUUUGUGGAGUUUUUCUCGAUAGAUAUGGGGGUGUCCCCCGUGCGGAAACUUUACGUUGCCGCCUUUGAUCAUUCCACCACCCGGGCCGUACUCGUUCGGUUCGGGGACCAGGACAAGAUACAAGAGUAUUGUCACGAAUGCCGUGAGAACGAGUAGAAUAAAUGGAAUUUGCAAGGCCGCAGAGACGCCUACAUAACUGUGCCCUUUUGUCAUUGUCGAAGCGAGGUUGGGUUGAAUCCGAAGUCGCAGAGUGCAGACAAYGAAACCUCAGAAUCUCGGUUCUGGGCCUUGUUGUGAUUGGGCGCUGCUUUUUGCUUGAUGGAAAAGAUAGCCGAGAGGAGUUGGAAAGGAGAGGUAUCUAUUUCUAAUCUAUUUCUAAUCGUGAUAUCGUGAUACGAUGAUAUGAGAAUGACUUCCAUGUUGUUAUUUUACUCUUACUAUUGCACGAUCUGGUAGCAAGUGUCCUUACUUAUCGUACGUACGGAUAGUGCUUAAAUAUUAUUGAAACCACAAACCACAAGGUUUCUUCUUCGGUCGAUGAAUAGGCUGUUUGCAUUUGAAGAACCAUAUUUGAAGAACCAUAUAGCAUAUCGGUAGUGGAAUCCAAAGGAGAUUGAAACGAAAUUUCAAAGGAAAAGAGACAAUACACAUGAAAUGGACUCUAUAGGCGACUCAGCCGUCGAUUAUGAUUACGACGACGACGAUGAUGAGAUCGCAAAUCUUUUUUCCUUCGGAGCCGCCGAUACAACGGCAACCCUCGAGCCACCGCCCCCCUACAACGAAAGUCCAAUCAAACCACCCAACCAAAAGAAUCGAAAACAUGCUGCCGUCACGAAGCCAGGCCUAAGUGUUCCGACGGAAGACUGCGAUUUCGGCGGUGACAACGACAGUCAUGCCUCGAACGAUUCCUUUAUAGAACUCUUGGAGAAUGCCCAGAAAAACGAUUUGUCGUUGCUGGGGGGCUUUGCGGGAAUGGCGGUGGCAGAAAACAACGCGGGGAACAACGAACAGAGCAGGAAASAWUCCACAACCAGUGGCGUCUCGGAUUUACAGGAUAUUUUGGACUGGCUCGACGACGACGACGAGAAGGGGAGCAAACUGCUGCAACGCCAAGAAGAAGAACUCGUGUUCGUUCAGCCCCCACGCCCGCAGGAUUCCCUUGGUUCGAAGCCAGCGAAGACAKUCCCGUCACCCAGUUCCCAACCUAGGGAGUACGAUUCUCUGGAGCAGGCGGUUAGGUGUCGCGAUUCUUCCAAGGCGCAAAUACGGCGGCUGCUAGAAAAGGAAAAAUUCGUCGUAGACAGAGCGGUCCGCCCCCAUCUCUGGGCCAAGGUGGUUUGCGACAAGACGCUCGAAGAAACGCUUCGAUCGAGUCUUGCCGAUUCUUUUCAGAAGUGGGAGCAGAAGUUUUGGAAGGGUUCCGGCGCGGGUGAAAAGGACAGUUGUCCAACCGACGCUACAACCCAAAAGGAGAGCCGAAACCUCGAGGAUGACGCUACGAAGAGCAACGAGCAGAACGGGAGCCCAAAAAAGAACCAAGAACCAGCAGACUCAACAAAGUGCACAUCGGAUACACCAGAGCUUUCUCGACGAGARCAACGAAGAAAAUGGCUGGAAGAGCAGUCCAUCCUCUUAUCGGAACGAAUUGUUUCUGUAGUCAAAGACGGAGAUCCGGAACCCCAUCGAAAGGCUCUCCUCGCCAUUCUGGUCAACCAUUUCGAUUCUAGCAGUCAGUCCGAAAUCCAAAGCAAUUCGGAUCCAGUCGACUCUUUUUGGAAAGAUUCAUUGUUGCCUCCCGUCUUGUGUUCGAUUUUGUCGUCUGGUGCUCCGCCACCCGUGGCGUGUGUGAUGCUGAGCCAAAUCAUUCCUUCGUUCAUGCCGAUAUUGGCGCUCACAACAAAGGAACGCCAGGAAGCGACCGCAAUCCUCCACCAGCAGCUUUAUCUUCUUGCGUGCUACCAUUUGCCGUUGCUAGUGCUUCACCUCGACAAGUACCUACCCGACUGGUAUAAGUCUCCUCCCUCUGGGCAUCUGCCCCAAUCUUGGUUGGCCACUCACCUUGCGGGAGAAAACGGCUCAUUCAUGGAUAUGCGCUGGCUGCUACAUCUUUGGGAUCUGGUAUUGACCAGCAAUAAUAGCUCUCUUCGAUUCUUUUUGGUUAUUUCCAUGCUCGAUUUACACGCAGAGCGUCUGCUUCUCUUGACCGAUGAAGACCUUAAAAAGGAAUUUCAUCGCGUCACAAACUUUUCAUCGAGUUUCGACAUCGAUAUUGCAGAUCCUGUCUCAGGAAACUACUCGGAAGAAGAGAAGGAUGACCAGCAAGCAGCAAAGUUCGUUCAAGAGUGGAGUGAUAAGGCCUUUUCGUUGUGGGAAGAAACUCCCGUCGCUGUAAUAAAAAAAUUGAAGGUUUUGGAGGACGAGGCUGUUACCGAUGCAUUAGUUGCUAGACAAAAGGCUAAAGAAAAACGCUUUCGGCUUCAACAAGAGGCAGAAGCAAAGGCCUUGCAGGAAGCCAGGGAGGUGGAACAAGAGCGAAAGGCAGACGAGGCGCGAAAGCGUCUGACCCGUGCUCGGUUGGUGGCAUUUUAUCGUCAAUUCAAUCCCGGAAAAGAGAAUAACAUCGACAAGAUUAUGGUAUCAUACGACGGUCGAUACGAUGUCUUGGAUGCUAAAUUGAAAAUGAAAUACGGUGUUGGGUUUAACCCUGCACUGAAACCAAAGCCAAUCAUGAUCAACAAGAGCAACAGCAAGAUAUUUGCUUCAAUGAAUACGGGUUUCGGUCACCGUCGGACGAACUCGAAAAGCAAUAUCACCCAGAAUUCAAGCUCCGAAUUACCGAGAGUUCAAAAAGCUGUUGUAGAGGUUGGUCCAAGUGAGAUUUUGCCUGUGAUUUGCUGGAGCAAGGAAAGAAAUCGAACAAAGCUUUCGAAGUUGAAAAAAAGUUCAAAAGUGUUUAACGAUUGGAACGAAAGAAACCCAUUGAAAUUCUACUUGGUAGAUAGCCGUCCUGAAGCUGCAGCUCGCGAGCAAGGCAGACUACCAACCUCAGUAAGUUUGAGCCCCGAGAAAUUAUCAGAUUUUCAAACAAUGAAGGAGCAAGAAUCUAUGUUUGAAUCUUUGCGUGGAUCGGUCCAUAUUUGCAUAAUGGGUGAGGGCUAUUCUUCAUUACCAGAGCUUUAUGGUCACAAGGUUACAAAUGCAUUGGUUGAGCUGAUCAAAGAAGACGAAGAACGCAACGAUGCAUGUGCUCGUUUCUUUCUUUCAAAAGGUUUUCCCUUUGUUAGUCUUAUGGAGGGUGGUUUUGCAGCUGCUCAUGCCUAUCUUUGKCGAGAAGGUCCAAAAAUUCAUUUGACUGCGAAGAACGUACUAACCGACUACAAUCCAGAAGUUUCACUUUUUGGUCGCUUCGAAAAACUCCACAGUAUGUCAGGUCGUGACAAGGCACAGCGUGCUCUUCAAAAUCUUUUCGAUUCUAGCAUGACUGCUCUAACAAUCAAUAGCUCACGAUUAGAAACAUUUGCAAAUGGUAUUUCAGAUGAGCAAGCGAAUCAGAAGGGCGGCAAUACGACGAAUGCAAUGAAAAGAUUUUUCGGUGGAAAAAGGGGUAAUUCCUCGAGAGAGAUGUCACAAGACUCAUUCGAUCCUGAAUCGUUUGAGUCGGGCAACAUUGAUACUCAUCGCACUACUUCGUUUUCACAARGUUCGUCGGAAAGCGAAUUAAAAGAAAAAUCCUCUGAUUCGUAUCUCRAGAAAACGCCGGAUGCCGUGCCAUCUCCAAGAAAGGGGCUGAAGAAACCCAGCCCUUUCUCAAGGUUUGGUAGCCUCAACAUCGGACAGAAUAUGAAACGCAAUGAUAACACUUCGGGAAAAUCAAACAAAUUUGCGGGUUCUCUGAAUACUUUCCGCAAAAACACGAUGGCAAGGAUGAUACCUACAGAAUCUAGAUCCGAAGACAGCCAAUAUUCCGCGAAAACAGAGUUGAACAAAGCGGAUUCAAACAAGCAAGACGGGACUGCAAAUAAGCUGGUGAACCCUGUACUUGCCAAGGUUUGAAUAGAAAAGCUUUCUUGCUACUUUUCUCUGCGAAUUCUAAAUUUGUGUAUGAAGUCCUGAUAGGACUAAAUUCGUUUAACACACGACGCUACCUUUACGGGAAAACAAGAAUAUGAACUAUUUUAUUUUGUAUGUAUGUGGGGCGCAAAGGGUAUUCAUCGGGUUCUCUAAGCCACCAAGCAAUAUGGUGUCGAAUUGGUGCAAGCCUCCCUAUUUCGUCAAUUGAUCAUUAAGGAUCCCUCCUUCGAUUUGAACGGGUUGACCCUCCAUUUCUGCUCGGUGCAACCGGGAGACAAGAUGGGCGAAAAUGCCCUGCUUCUCUCCAAAUCAAUUCUUGGAGCCGUAGUCUGUGAAGUUUUUCAUUUUCGAAGGAAUAGUCAAAACUUUCCUCUGCAACCGGCUCGUCCUCUUCGUUGUGCAGCUGCGAGAGAAAUGAAUGAGAGAGGGCAUCUUCUACGUCGAUGCGCCGAGUUGGAUGAAUCUGAAGCAACUUCCUAAGUAAAUCAAGAGCAUCUGCAGGUGCACUUGGGAAUUGCUCUCGCAAGGGGGCUGGGGUUUUCAUGGGCAGCUUUCUCAUGAACCUCUUUGCUUUCUCCGAGGUAACGAAAUCAAGAUCUUUGUCUUGCAAUUUUCCAAGCUUUUCGCAAAUAAUUGUUAACUGAAAAGAGAAUCAAAAGUGAGCAAAAUAGAAUUUUCUUAAGUACAAAGUGAUAAAUUUUACAAAUCACCGUCAUCUCUUACCUGAUCAAUGUAAUCUUCUCCAGGAAAGUACGGCUUUCUUUGAAUAAGCUCAGCAAAUAUGCAACCGACACUCCACAAGUCAAUUGCUUUGGAGUAUUCGUGACAUGCCAACAUAAUUUCAGGGGCUCGAUACCAUCGAGUGACAACGUAUUCCGUCAGCAGCAUUGUGCCUCCUUGUCCUUCUGUGUUUUUCUCUCUUAUACCUCGAGCCAGACCGAAGUCACAAAUCUUCAAAUCACAGUUUGAAUUCACCAGUAAGUUUGAUGGUUUUAAAUCACGAUGGAUCACGUCUGCUGAGUGAAUAUAUUUCAACCCCCUUAGAACUUGGUAGAUAAAAUAUUGCGCGUGGUCGAUGGAUAAUUUCUGCUUGGAAUAGAUGAUGCGAUGGAGGUCUGUUUCCAUCAAAUCUGUAACCAUGUAGACAUCAUGGAAAUCUUCGAGAUACCUUGCUGUCGGAGGCAUCAUGUCCACAAGACUGAUAAUGUUCUCGUGUUGGAAAUGAUUCAAAAGUUUAAUCUCUCGGAGGAUCCUCUUUGCAUCGAUCUCGUCAUUGAAUGCUUUGGGAACCAUUUUGAUAGCCACAUUUUCGCCGUCAGUGUUUUUAGAAUCUUUUGCAGAAAUCACAACUCCGUAUGCUCCAGAUCCAACGACACGAAUCAUUGAAUAUCGCUUGUCUACUGUAAAAGUGUGCUUGCCAGCUGGAAAAGAAUGCGUUUUAUAUUCUUCUACAGGACUUGCACGUUCCAUUUCGCUUUGAUUUGAUGACAUGACAACUUCCAUACCUGCUUCUGACGCAAUCGAAUGUGCUUCAGAAUUCGAAAAUGAAAUUGUAGCAGAUGCCGUUGUAGCAGUUGCAAACGUAUGGUGGUCAUGAUCGUACUCAUCCCGGCUUCCAUCACGGCUUGGAUUUUUGGAUGAUUUUGAGGGGUAGAUAGAGACAUCAUGUCCUCGUAACUUGUUGCUUUCUGAAGAGACAUGGGAGCUGGAAGAAGAGUUGUUGUUGCCAUAUUUUUCAACAUUUUUCUUCCUCGGCGGCUUUUCGGGUUGAGGUUUCGCCAUGGAUUGCGGGUACACACUUGUACAUUGAUUGAUGUUACUUAACUGCUCCGCUGAACCACAAGUAAAGGUUGACAUUUUACUUGUCCACUGCAAAAAUUUGUUGAAAGAAGUGUUCUUCGCUGAGUCUUCUGAGAGGCCUCGACUACCGCUUUGGCCCCCCGUCGUAGAGUAAUCUUGGUC